CGGAAGCAAAGCAGUUCGCCAUUUCAUGUAUUUCGGCACACUAACAGACUCCUUUCCUCAAAUCCGUGCUAGGUUUCUCUCUGUUCGUUCUGAAGCUUCACGAUGUCGCCGGUGGUUCGGAGAGUGGCUGUCGUUGCAUUGUCUUCUGCAUCAUGCUUCAUUCGUACUCCUCUCUCUCACAAAGUAAUGUCCACGAAGCUGUUGCUUUGUUCCAUCAGAUGGUUCGGUCUCGCCCCCUCCCUUCAAUUAUCGAUUUCAACAUGUUGUUGAGUGCCAUUGCCAAGAUGAAACGGUAUGAUGUUGUGAUUUCGCUGUGCAAAUCAAUGGAAUUGGUCGGGAUUUCACAUGAUCUCUACACUUUGAGCAUUCUGAUCAACUGUUUUUGUCGCUCACGUCAAACGGUGUUGGGAUUUUCGGUUUUUGGAAAGAUCAUGAAGUCGGGUUUCGAGCCUAGUGCUGUCACAUUCAACACCCUGAUCAAUGGGUUCUGCAUCCUCGGUGAAGUUUCUGCAGCUUUAGAUUUGAUGGAGCGAAUGGUGGAGGCGGGACAUAAAUGUGAUGUCGUAACAUUUAACACUGUCGUCAACGGACUUUGUCUCAAGGGUAGAAUUCACGAGGCAGUAACUUUGACUGAGCGGAUGGUAGAGAAAGGCUCUCAACCCAAUAUUUUGACAUAUAACACCAUUUUGAACGGGAUUUGCAAAGUAGGGGAUUAUGCUUUAGCUUUGGAUUUGGUCAAGACGAUGGAGGAAGGGUGCAUGAUGGUCGAUGUCAUAACAUAUAAUACGAUUAUCGAUUGUCUUUGCAAAUCUGGGAACAUAGACGAUGCGUUGGGCGUUUUCAGUAAGAUGGAUGAUCGAGGAGUUGUAUCGGAUGUCAUUACGUAUACCACUUUGAUAAACGGGCUCUGUAGUUUAGGUAGAUGGAAUGAUGCCUCACAAUUAUUGAAGGAUAUGAUGAGAAGGAAAAUCAUGCCUGAUGUUGUUACUUUCAACGGAUUAAUCGAUAAAUUCAUUAAAGAGGGCAUGUUUCUAGAGGCUAAAGAACUGUACGAACGUAUGCUCCAGAGAGGUUUGGUACCUGAUACGGUCACUUAUAAUUCACUGAUUGAUGGGUUUUGCAUGCAGAAUCGUCUUGAUGAAGCAAGACAAAUGUUUGAUUCUGUGGUUACCAUGGGAUGUUUUCCAGAUGUAGUGAUGUUUGGUGCUCUCAUAAAUGGAUACUGCAAGUCUGGUAAGCUUGAUGAGGGUCUCGAGCUCUUUAGCGAGAUGUCUCGGAGAGGGGUGGCUGCUGAUAACAUAAUUUACAAUUCUCUCAUUCAAGGAUCUUGCCAGGGAGGCAACAUUGAUGCCGCUCAAACGCUUUUCUUCGAGAUGCAGCGUCGCGGUCCCCAGCCUAAUCUAAUGACUCACAAGAUUUUGCUUGAUGGGCUGUUUAAAAAUGGAAAACUGGAAGAAGCAUUGGAAUUAUAUGACAAGAUGGAAAAGGAUGGGAUGAGCCUUGAUAUAGUUGUACACAAUAUUAUCAUUCAUGGCAUGUGUAAGGCGGAAAAGAUUGACGAGGCAUUACAGUUGUUUAAUUUGCUUUCGGUUAAAGGGGUGGAACCAGAUGUGAUAACAUAUAAUACGAUGAUUUCGGGACUUUGUCGGAGAGGUUUAUUUGGUGAAGCCGAAAAGCUAUUUAGUGUGAUGAAAGGGGCUGGUUGUUUGCCGAAUGAUCGUACAUACAACGCAUUGAUCCAGGGUUAUCUAAAUCACGGAUACACGUUAAAGGGUAUCGAACUUAUAAAAGAAAAGAUGAGAUGCGGGUUCUCUGCAGAUGCGUCAAUGACAAAGAUUGUGGUAGAUAUGCUAUGUGAUGGUAGGUUGGACAAAGAGUUUUUGGGUUCUCUUUGAUAACGGACUUUGGUUCCUGUGGUGGCAAUCAUCUGAAUAGGAGGUGGGUUGUUUUUUCUGGCCUACUCUGGUUGCAUCAAUCAUUCUACUGAUCACUUUCUCAUCUUUGUCUCAUGAUGAAGCUGAAUUUUAAAGGUAACGUCUGUUCUGUCUUUCAUCGUUUGGUCCAAAUUAAAAGAAAACAUUUGUGCUGUCAUUUCUGAAAUAGAUCUGUUCCUUGUCAUAUGUUCUCCUGUUUAAUCGUAUGGGCUACUUCAAAAUUGUUCCAUCCUAUUCCUAUUCUUAGCUUUGUUUUCUUAUUUUAUGAUAUUGUUGUGAUAAAAUUGUGCUAGACAUGCAUUUGAUUUGAAUUCAGCUGAGUAAGAGUGUGUUCCUUUUUGGUAAGGGACAACUGCUAA